AUGAUUCCUCGCAUCAACCUAUUCACGCGUUUCUUGAAGACACUGGACACUCAGGAUCGCAUUCAGACCGUCAUGUCAGCAUCUAUCACUCAAGAUAUGAUUGGAAGAUACAAGAAUGCUGUAGAAGAGAACGCUCAGCUCCGUGAUGAGAACGGGAACCUUCGAGUCAGAAACUACGAACUCAACAGGGAGCUAGAUGUGACAUACAGAAAGCUCUGGAGCCUGGAGAUCGAGGGAGGUGGGCACAAAGGAUUCUGA